GUGGAACUUAGUUUAAACGACCAACUAUGUCAUAAACAUUAUGUUGAACUGAUAGCAUUCGAUAGACACUCAAGCCCGAAUAAAAAGCAAAAACGAUCAAAUUCAGUUUACAAUAUUCAAAAACAAACUGAAAACUUAAGUUCUAAUAAACAAUUCGAUACCGAAAGUUGUUACCAAAGGCAAUAUAAGCGAUUUGUUGCUCUUGGAAGAGAUUUUGAAAAGGAAUUCUCAACACUAAUCACACGACAUCAAUUUGUUGUGAAAAAUAAACAGCCGGUUGUCCAUUUACGUAAUAUUCAGUUAGACAUUAAUAAUAAAGGUGUUAAGUUAAAUUACCAACCAUUUAAUGAAGAAACGGAGCUUCUUAAAUUGGAUGCCACUGUUAGAGCAUGUGACGAGUCUUUACUGUCUCGUGAUGGUUAUCGUCGAUUGGCUGCUGUUGAACCUCAACUUAUUCGAGAACAUCAAGUUGCAGAACGAAGAAUUGAGAUAACAAAUAUAAUGAAUAAAAAAAUUGGCAUUGAAACUUUUAGCACUGAUGAAACCAUAAAUAAUCCACCUAGUCAUGAACCAGCAAAAAUCAAAAAUGGAGCUUAUAGAACCAUCAAAUCUAUUUUAAGUGUUCUUGUUCCUAUUUGGAAGCAGUCUUCUCCGCCUAUUCUUCUUCUAGGAGAUACGAUUAGGCUAAAACUUGGGGGUGAUGGUCAUAAUGUGGGUCGCAAACAAAAUCAUGUAAUGAUGACUAUUUGUCUUUUGAAUGAGGGUAAAAAGAUCGGUCGUAUAUUUGAACGAGAACUAUCAGAUCUUAAAAAUAAUGGUUUUUUUGACCAUGAUGGUGUUCAUUGGCCCGUAGAAUUAUUUUUUUCGGGGGAUUGGAAAUUUAUGUAUAUAAUCAUGGGGCUGAAUGCUCCAAAUUCAAACUAUUUUUGUCUAUACUGCACAAAAAAGCCAGUUUUAUUUCCAGCAAUUGAUCACUAUAUUCCCGAUGAGUUGCAUUUGCUUUUGCGCAUAUCAGAUGUUUUGAUGGAAUGUUUGUUCAACGAUCUGUUUAAAAAAAAAGAAUUUGAAAAACAAGUUAAACUGAUCGUUGAAGCAGCAUUUAAGAACCUUUCAAUUCAAUUCGAAUUUUUUAAAUCGACAGGUAAUAAAUGGACUUGGACUUCGUUAAUGGGCUCUGAUAAAAAAAAAAUGUUGGAAGAAUUUCCGGUAACUCAAUUUAUUCCCGGUGCACGUGGGCAAAAUAUCGAACAAUUAUGGCGUGAAUUUUACCGAUUAUAUAAUAUUUUACGACAAUCACAACUUACCGAUCAAGAAAUUCAUCAAUAUAAAAUUGAUGCAGAAAAUUGGGUUCGAGCUUUUUGUUGUCCAUCUGAAGGUUAUAUAAAUUCGUCACAAAAUUUUGGACUUUAUCGAAAAGCAGAUGUAACACCAUACAUGCAUGUAUUCGCAAAACAUAUACCUUUAUUUAUGCAGCAGUUAAAAGCUAAAGGUCUUUCUUUACAAAUUUUUUCUACUUCGAGUAUAGAAAAAAAAAAUCAUAAUCAGGUUCGAAUAUUUUUUGGAAGUACUACAAUGGGAGGUGGAAAUAAAGAACAAUCUGUUGUCUACGAUAUUAUGUCCUUUGAAAAUCGGCAACUUUUUUAUUUGAUUAAUAAUACUUCUAAAGAGAUUACUAUACAAAAUAUCAAUGCAAAUAAUAAAGAAAACUUAUUGUAUUAA